AUGGAAGACAGGCCGGCCUCCCCGAAAGAGACUGACAAGUUCUAUCCCCGUGCCACUAGCACUACUACUCACGUCUGCUCCCUCUGCAGCCAGACCGUUUCUGUCGACGUUCUGCGGCCGCACCUGGAAACAGCCUGGAUCAGCCGAAUCAUGGAUAAGGACAGGAUAAGAAACGCUUUGGCGGUCGCCAAAAGAGAAGAGCCAGAACGCUACGGCGACCUAACACCGGAAAAGGAGGAUGGUUAUGCCAAUUCUCCUUUACAGACCCUCAACAUGUACAUCAAAAACAUUCUCGAGGACGACUGGACCGCCCCGCAAAAGCGCAUCGCCAGCCGCAACAGGACCUUCUCAGUCCAGUUUGGCCCAGCAUGUGCCGACAUAUUCCUCUAUCUUGGCUUCACGGAAGAGGUGGAUAUCGCAACUGGGGACAAGUUCUGGGUACCCCCUCGGCUUCCUAUCUCAACCUUUCGAACACCCCUGGGCUCAGAACGUGCUUUCCUCGAGAACGUCAGAAGCGAGGUGCAGAGUUUCCUAGCCGAGAACCCUCCGAGGCCGGACCUGCCCGUCGUGGGGGCAACGAUUAAUGCGAUAGAGCGGCUGGACAAGGUCCUGAUAUCGGACUGGCUUCGCAGCCACGAGACCCGAUCGCCGCGAAACUCGGAUGAGGCCCAAUACUUUCGCAUCUUGGGAGCAUCCGAAAGGUCCGAUGAGGAGGUGCUCAAGUAUGCCUUCCUCCAACAGGUGGGCGUUGAUUCGGCGAACAGGCACACUUACAAGACUGCGCUUGCCAAUUUGGCUGGCUACAGGAGUGAAGAGUUUCAGAUGUACGUCUUCAGUCUGGAUGAGAGUCCUGCCGCCCCCAGCGGUCCUCAAACUCAGGGGCCUCUUUCAGACGUAGACAAAGCGUAUAGGCACUUCAAUCUCGAGCCAAAAACAAACGGAGACGCCCGGUAUUUCAUCAACGUUUACAAAACCUACAGAGAGCAGUCACCUGGACAGCUAUCUAGUCACAGAAUCGCCCUUCUCAAAAUUGGCAAGGACAGGGACGACUCGGAUAUACUUGACGAGGUGUUCAAUGGAGAGAUGGGCCACAACGAGGCAUGUUCAAUUCUGGAAUCUGAGCCGGGCUGGUCCUUGGAGAUUGCUGCUGCAGGUGCACGGGAGGCCGUCAAGAACGGUAUUGAUCGCAGAUUGCUUAUCAAAGCCUGUGAAACGCUCGCGGAGGCUAUGAGGAAGGAGAACGUAGCGGACGAAGACGGUUGGGCAGAGUUUGAUAGGGUUCAAGCAGAACUCCGCGCUCCGGACUUCCCCCUUCUACCCAACGCGGAACAAGGCUCCCAGUUUGAGGAUACGACAGAGUUUAUGUCACUACCUGUUGGCCUCGACAACCUUCGGAACACAUGCUAUCUCAACAGCAUCCUUCAGUAUUUCUACUCGGUCACGGCCGUGAGGAACUUCGUAAUGAAUGCGGACCAGACAUCUUUGGAGCCAACCCAGGAAGCUAUGCGGGCUCUCCUAGAUGGCCUAGACCCAUCUGAACUCGACCCCGGCCGGGCUUAUGUCGGAUCUGAAUUCUGCCGUGAGCUGGGCUCCCUGUUUCGUGACAUUCAGGGCGCCGGAACCCGCUCCGUGAGACCUAGGCAGCGUCUGGCCAAUGCAGCUUUGCUCAGGCCAGACAGGAUACGCAGUGAGCCUUUAGAGGGAGCCGUUGACAACGCAUCCAAGCCGACCUCGGUGGAGGCUCCUCCACUGCCUCCCAGAUCAGGCGCGGGCGACCUACCCAAGGUUACGGUUGACGCGGUACCAGAGCACUCGGAGACGGAUAGCAACCUGAGCUCACAGACUUUGGUCAACCAGACUGAAGACGACCCGACAUUCAUUGUUGUCGACUGCAAUGCCGGUAAAGGUGAAGGCACAGGCGACGAUAUUACCAUGACUGAUGAACCUGCUCCGUCUACCCCUGUUGCUGCUUCCGCCAAGACUGGAAACGACAGGCCCAGGGACCUGAAACUAACGGUUGUAGAACUUAACGAAGAGCUUGACAAGCCUAACGUUGGUUCCGACCAGAUGGACGUCGACGAAGUCAUGGGCAACGCAAUAGACCAUCUCCGGGCAGCUUUCAAGGUUAAAUCGCUUAGGAAUCCGAAUACACCAGGGCCAGACCCGAUCAAGGAAGCCUUUUUCUCGACGCUUGUCGACAACCGGAAGAAGGCUAGUGAAAGUACUUGGAACAGCUCUACAAGAUCUGAACGUUGGGUGAUUGCCUAUCCCGGAAAGAAUGAGCGGAUAAGCUUGUACGAUGCUUUGUCCAGAUCAUUCGAUCUGGAAAGCGUGGGUGCAGAGCUUCUAACCUAUACGACCAUCAAGGACCCGGCUCCCAACUUCCACAUCUGCAUUUCGAGGUCGGAUGGCCGUAACAAAAACGCCAAUCCUGUCAUCAUACCCGAGCUCUUAUACCUCGAUCGCUUUAUGCACACCGACCAGCUCGAUUCGCCACUAUUCAAGGCCCGUCAAAGAAGCUGGAACAUUGGAAACAGGCUCCAAGAGCUCAUGUCUCGUGACAACAAGAUCAAGGAGAAUGAGUCUGUUGCCCCAAUUCCCUUCGUAACGCGUAAUGAGAGAAGUUCCGACAGCCUUCUAGAUUCCUUCAUUCACGUAAGUGAUCAGGACAUUGAGGAGCUCGAAGGAUACGAUGUCACAUCAUUCUUGACGCCCGAGCUCGACACCACUGUCGGAAAGUAUACUAGCCUGCCCAGGCCUGAGUCGUCUCAGCCAGACAUCAAACCUGAAGCGCCGAAUCCUGAUCAGGAAGAGCUUGGCGAUCUCAGUCCAAGUGAGAUUCAUACCUUGAUCACGAGCAUUGAGGCUGAAGCAGCCUGGGAAAAGGGGCAGCUGCUGGCCGAACGCGAGAAGUUGUUUGAUGGCAUGCAGCAGUAUGUAUACCGGCUUCACGCAGUCGUCUGCCAUGCCGGAACCACGGCCGCCGCCGGCCACUACUGGGUCUGGAUUUACGACUUUGAAGAGAACGUCUGGCGCAAGUACAACGACACCACGGUGUCUGUCCAUCCGGCUGAGGAGGUGUUUGAACAGCUCAACACCAGGGGCGAGCCAUACUACGUGGCCUACGUGCGGUCAGAAAACGUCAAGGACCUCGUGAGCAUCCCACGUCGUCAGUUCGUGGGACCUCCGAUUAGCUCUGACGAGCCCACGACGGUGCACGCUGAGACGGUGGAUAGGAUGGACUUGGAUGCUCAGAAUGCUUAG